CAUCGGAUGUUCCAGCUGCCACCUGCAGCUUGGAGGAGUUCCAGUGUGCUUAUGGACGCUGCAUCUUGGACAUCUACCACUGUGAUGGUGACGAUGACUGCGGGGACUGGUCCGAUGAAUCUGACUGCUCAUCUCACCAGCCGUGUCGCUCUGGAGAGUUCAUGUGCAACAGUGGCCUGUGCAUUAACGCUGGCUGGAGGUGCGAUGGAGACUUCGACUGUGACGACCAGUCCGACGAGAGGAACUGCACUACAUCCAUGUGCACAGCUGACCAGUUCCGCUGUCGGUCGGGGCGCUGUGUCCGUCUGUCCUGGCGCUGUGAUGGGGAAGAUGACUGCUCUGACAACAGUGAUGAGGAGAACUGUGAGAACACAGGGACCCCUCAGUGUGCCCCAGACCAGUUCCUGUGUGGGAAUGGGCGUUGUAUUGGCCAGAGGAAGCUGUGCAAUGGAGCAAACGACUGUGGGGAUGGCAGUGAUGAGAGCCCACAUCAAAACUGCCGUCCGAGAACAGGGGAGGAGAACUGCAACCUCAACAACGGUGGCUGUGCUCAGAAGUGCCAGAUGGUGCGAGGGAUGGUGCAGUGCACCUGCCACACAGGGUACAGGCUCCUGGAAGAUGGUCGAUCUUGCCAAGAUGUGAAUGAAUGUGCUGAGGAAGGUUACUGCAGCCAAGGCUGUACCAACAGUGAAGGAGGCUUCCAGUGCUGGUGUGAGCAAGGCUACGAGCUGCGACCGGACAAGCGUAGCUGCAAAGCUCUAGGGCCAGAGCCAGUGCUGCUCUUUGCCAAUCGAAUUGAUAUCCGACAAGUGUUGCCUCACCGCUCGGAGUAUACGCUGCUCCUCAACAACCUGGAAAAUGCCAUUGCCCUUGACUUCCACCACAGCAAGGAGCUGGUGUUCUGGUCUGACGUCACUCUGGAUCGCAUCAUGAGGGCCAAUCUGAACGGCAGCAAUGUGGAAGAGGUGGUUUCCACAGGGCUGGAGAGCCCAGGUGGACUUGCUGUUGACUGGAUCCAUGACAAAUUAUACUGGACAGAUUCCGGGACAUCUCGAAUUGAAGUAGCAAACUUGGAUGGCACACACAGGAAAGUGCUUUUGUGGCAGAACCUGGAGAAGCCCCGAGCCAUUGCCCUACAUCCUAUGGAGGGCACUAUCUACUGGACCGACUGGGGCAACACUCCCCGCAUCGAGUACUCCAACAUGGACGGCUCCAACCGGCGCAUCAUCGCGGACACGCACCUCUUCUGGCCCAACGGGCUGACCAUCGACUACGCCGGGCACCGCAUGUACUGGGUGGAUGCCAAGCACCACGUCAUCGAGAGGGCCGACCUCGACGGGAGGAACAGGAAGGCUGUUAUUAGCCAAG